AUGCGAUCUCAUUGGCAACGGACAGGACGUAGCCAGAUGAUGUCCCCUGAUACAGUAUCGUCGCUGUUCCCAGAUCGGCCCAUCCGGCCGCUGCCGAAACGUCGACUACGAGAACGCUUGUCACCAGAAACGGCAGGUUCGAUAAAAUAUCCUCUGUCGACUCAAGAAAACACACCGUUGUUUCACUAUCCUCCAUACACCGCAAAGGAAGACGGUCAGAAUACCACAGUCUCUCCUGAUUCAAUACUUCGCGCACACUUUGACAGUUCAAGUCGCCUUGCUUCGUCGCAACAGCGCGGAUCACAGCCAGGGACUGGCGGGGAUUCUCACGUUGGAACUCGAAGCACACUUGUCACUAGAUCCCCACCAGAGAUAUUAAACCGAACGGGCCGCGAAGUAGUUCGGCGAGAACAGCCACGCCAAGUUGAACCACUGCCGCCACCGUCUGCCACGUCGUCUGUGGACGGAUACGAUUCGUUCGAAAACACAAACAACAAGAAAAAGAGAAAGAUACCCUCUGCAGGCGAGUCAUUGAUUAACGGCAGCCAUGGGCUCGGUAACGAAACCAAUGGUCUGGGAGUAUCUGUUGCGGCGUCACCCCAAAUAGAUGAUGUCCAUGCCUCUGAGAGAAGUUACCACGGCUCUAGUAGCUACCAGACACCAUUAUCAUAUGCCACGAGUAACCAAGGUUUCUCUGGACCCGGCAGGGGGAGACUGGGACGGUCUGGAAAUGCAAACGAUACUGGUGGCAUCAUAUCCAGUGCUAUUGCAAACGCCGAAAGGCUGCCUCCGCAGGAACAGGAGAACGUCAGCCUACUUGAACAACACUCGUCCACGCCAAAGACAACCCCGGCUGCAUCACAAUUCACCUUCACGUGCGAAUCUCAGGUUCCAGGGACUGUUCAGUGGCCAGGGAACUCUUCCAGAGACGGCAUUGCUACGCAGUCUCCUGGUAUGCAAGCAAACGCAAGUACAAACAGCAGUAUAAAUCAUGACAUGUCACAAGCUGCCACAAGCCAUGCUCCCUCGCAGUCGGCGACAAGGGCUCAACGUCUGGAAGACCGAGAACUGAAGCGGGCUGCACGACAUCGGCAACGGAAAGCUGCCCAAAGGUAUCGCGAUAACCCACCCAAACCCGAGGACUUUUGGCUUUGCGAAAUAUGCGAGUAUGAGCGGAUCUUUGGGCAACUCCCUAGACAUUUUAUUCGCGAAUAUGAACUUAAAGCAUUAGAGAAACGGCGCAACAAAGCUGCCAGGAAGGAACACCUGGCUCAGGCAAAAGCUAGGAGCAGGAAGAGCAAGAAGGCCAGUAAAAGCUUGCACAGAGGCGAGCCUAGCGGGUCACACCAUACGGAACAAUCUUCAUCUGACAAUAUCGAGAACCAUGGAGUACCUGCUACGCCGCCGGAACAAAAUCACUUGACGGAUCCCGCAGCUGGUCAUGACGGAGGCGUCGAAGAUGUGGGCGGGCUCUUACAAUUUGGGCCGUUACACAACGAAGAUGACGCAGGGGGGACAAAUCGACAUGGGCAAGCCAAAUCGUAG